AUGGACUUUGUGGGGUGUUUCCGUGUGUCGUUGAUCUUAUCAAUGGUUGUCCCUUUGGCGAGCGGUGUCGGCUUCGCUGAAAAAAUGAAGUCUAGCAUGAGGACAUGUUUGGAGUUUGCCUUGAUAUUGUCGACGGAGAUGGAGAAAAGGGACGGUGCGGUGUUCAUUGACCGCUUUGAGGACCGGGAGGAGCUCAUUGAUCUGGCUGCGAGCAUCCCAGCGACGAGCCUGACGCCUGUGAAAGUCAAGGACUAG